CAAAAACCUCCCUCGCUAGAACCCCACCUCUCCACAAAGCCCGAGAUAAAGGUUAUAUUGCCCCAAACCCUAACCGCCCUUCUUUCUCUCUCCUCUGCCUCCGUCUCGUCUCUCUCAGCUCUCUCUCUCUCUCUCGCCCAGGGCUAGUGAGACUGUGAUUCAUUGGAGAGAGAUAUGGGUAAAGUGUCACCCCAGAACAGGAAGUCCAAGACUUCUAAGUACAAGAGGAGGCUUAGGAAUUCCAGCAAUAAGUAUUUGAAGCCGGGUGCAUUGGCUCAGAUUCGAUAUUCGAAGGCUAAGUCUGUAUCCGCCUGUACGGAUAUUGGGAAGAAAAGGGUGGGUGUUUUUGCUGAGGAUGAAAAGAUAGAGGGGAGUGGUGUUCAAGAUGAGGGGAUUAAGGGUGUUGAUGAAAGCUCUAUGCUUUCAUCACCUGUUAGGUCUGUGUUGAAUCCUGUGGGUGGAGACAUCAAUGUAUCUACACCUAAUAAUUUACAGAGAACUCCCAAGACUCCCUGUGCUGCUGAUGAGUGUGAUUCUGAUUCUAGGCUCGAGGCUCUCCCCAUGGAUUUACUGGUCAAGAUAAUGUGUCACCUACACCAUGACCAACUCAGAGCUGUUUUCCAUGUUUCUCAGAGGAUCAGAAAAUCUGUUGUGAUUGCUAGGCAAUAUUAUUUUAAUUAUACUACUCCAGAUCGAUCUCGUCAAGAGAUGUUAAGAGCACUGACUCCGCUCGCCAAAGAACACUGGCCCUUCAGCAAGGGAGAUGGCAAGGGGAUUUUUCUGCGAAGUCCAAAAACCCCUCCAGCACCCAGACAUGGUCCUCGCCCACCUCGUAUUAAGUUUUCCGAGGGGCCACAAACUGGAUCCGUUCUCUUCCCGGAGCCAUCAUUCUCUGCACGGUGCAUGGGACCAUCAGCUUUACGGAAGACCCGGUUCAAGACAAUUGCUUCAAAUCGUGUUCUUUUCUCUGAGGAUGAGCUGUGCCAUGCUGUUGCUCAGAACACACUUCGUUGACUCCCCUUGGUCAUUUUCUCAUCUCAUGUACCCCUCUAUGUACAGCAUGGUUUUUGCUCUGUAGAAGGCUUAGUACUAGUUUGUAGUACUAGUGUUUAGCCUAGGUUAUUGAAGUUAUCUUAUUUUGCAUGGUGACCUAUGGAUUGACGGUUUUUGCCAUAUGCAUUAGUUUUAGAAAAGAUUUAAACGUGGAUAAAACUUGGGAGUUGCAUGAAUUUUAAUUUAAAAGUUUUUUGUACAGGAAA